UUGCGUAUUCCUGAGCCUGUGCCUGGGAGCGAGUCUUUGCCGGGCGCACAAGACGAGCCGGACGCCGGCGGCGUGGACAACGGCCCGCGCCAGGAGACGUGGAACGCCGUAGACUGGUUUCUAGGCAACGGCCACACCGUCGAGCCGGUGCCGGUCGUCUAUGACUCCAAGGCGGUGCUGCCAAGCAGCAAGCAGGACCAGCUUAUGGCGAAACUGGCGGGCAAGUACGACGCGCAGUACCUGCCGCGCGACCAUUUUGCACCUGGAACCCCGCUACAGCAGCUGGAAUCGCUCAGUGCGGGCAAACCGGGCCAGAUCAGGCUAUCAGUGACUAAAAUACUUACUGGAGCGUACUGCGAGCUACAAAAAAUGUACCAGCUGUAUAUGGGGGUGACAGAGGUGCCGCAGACGCGGGAGAUGCUGCGUGGGUCGCAGGAGCACGAGCAGAUUGAACUGAAGACACAUCCGGUGACUGAAGUGCAUGUGAAUAACGAGACUGUAAGGGUCGAUCAGACGGUGCGGCUGAAGCCGUCGGUGGAGGAGGCUAUUCCUGUGACGACGCCGUUGCCCGACGAGCUGGCACAAUUAUACGGGCUUUUUGUCGACGAAACUUUUGAGAAGUCGAUCGCACACCAGUGGUCGCGCAACGUGUCGCGGCUCGCGCAAUUGGUGGCGUUUGGCUCUGCACGCGAGAUUCUCGUCCACGCAUACUACGACCAGCGCCGGCAGCAGCUUUACGUGGGGGGUGAACCAGAAAUUGGAGAAAAAGACAACGUUUGUCCGGAUUUGGUGCUCAUUAGCGGAGUGAUCGAUCUGCUCUCUUUGGCAGGCGACGAAACGGCAUUUUCACUGUACCAGCGCGAGCUCGAGACGCAGCUGGACAACCCGCUGGACCUUGCGCAGCUCGUCGCCGGCGUUGCUGCCACGGCAGCCUCGUGGUCGGACCUGCUCGAGCUCCAUGUUGCCGACCUGAAAACCAGGUCCUAUAGAAAACUGCCCCCACCUGCCACGCAGCAGCUCAACUUCGUCCAGGUGGCCAUGUAUGCGCGGUUUCUGGAGCUGCUGGCACAGGAUCCGGCAGAAACGUACCAGAUGCUGCUAUUAAACCUACGCAAACGCGGCAUCGACCCGGCCACGGUACUGGACCCGUCGCUGGUGGUAUAUUUGCUGCUGAACAACAACUAUUUAAUUGCCGACCUGUUUCGGCUGCAACAGGGCCAGGACAUCGGUUUUGCGCCGUUCGACGCGUCGGCUGCCAACAGAUCCGCAGAAAACUACACCUUGGGCUGUUUGAAGCCAAUUUUCCACAGCAAUACGGCCGAUCCGCGCCUGAAAACGCUGCAGCAAACUGUGCCUUCGCAGCUGGCACUCGAACAAUGGACGCGCGUGCCCACAUUCGAACUGCUAGCCGCGCGAACCGCACAGCUGCUCGGCACGCUGCGACAGUUCAACAUCGCCCAAACGGCCGUUGACUACUCGCACCAGGGCGAGGUAUUUUCCAGCACAGCCAGACCGUACAAUAGGCAGUUUGCGGAUCACUCUAUCGCAACGGGCAUGGACCUCUGGCUCGCAAAAAGAGCACCGCUCGGGCCCGCGUACAAGGGCCUGUGCCAGACCUGCGAGUUUGCCCCGCGGUGCGGCUAUCUCCACGCGCUAUCGUGA